CACCUUCUGAGAAACAACCCUCUAAGCAAACGCAUUAAAAAGCCUCGCCUCGCUAAAUAAUGGCGCAAACAAUUUCCGGAAAUAUGAGAGUUGUGUGGAUAACGUUUAGAAUGCUAAAUUGACUGAUUGGCCUUGAUAUGAACUCGCGAAACUUUCAUAUUUCUUCACGGAGAGAGAGUGAACGAAAGGAAGAAGAUGACCUUGCUCAUAUUUUUUCCAUACCAACGCAAUCAAGUCAGGAAAGUUCUCAGCAGAGUGGUCACACAGUUGACAGGCAGUCACAGUCCUUUAUUGAUUCGGAGCAACCGGUUUAUAUUGGAGAAACUGCAACCUGGGAAGCUCCAUCGUGGAAGUUGAGCGUUGAAGACUCUAACAAUGGAGAUUCUCAAAGAACAAACCGAAAAGGAAGUGCAGGAAGUUUUCUGACAAACAUACAAAGUGGGCCCACCGAGAAAGAAGCAGUCAAACCUCAAGGAACAACUUUACCUGUCCAAUCCACUUCAGAAUUUUCGUCUAAUGCGUUGUCGGAAAGGAAGAAGAGACUAGAAGCUGUUAUCGGCGCUGCAAAGGAGAGAGCAUCAAGGAGUUUUGGGAGUCCUUCCACUUCUGGUGAAAGCUUUAUUAGGCAACCAAAAGUUAAGGGAGAAAACGUUGACGAAAGAAGCGAAAGACCGAAACUGACUGCUCGUGCGAUUAGGGAAAGAUUGGCAGCCUCCAAGUAUGCAUCCUUCCGUACGCGAAGUACUGCGGGAAGCAGUGUGUCUUCCACGACUUCCUUGCCUGUUUCAAGACAUAAUGAGGAACGGUCACCAGUAAUUUCCCGAUCACCUGCAACUUCUAGAAGGAAGCCAGUGUUAGAUGCACGUUCAAUAACUGGAACUGAGUCAUACAAUGCUACUUUUCAUGAACGUUUUACUUCAACUUCUUCGUUCGAUGACAAAAUCCGUUCAGCAGAUGAACUACUUUCCAGACUAGAAAUGAAUACAAGUUCGAGUUCUAAACAAUUCGUUUCACAACUAGAGCAUGACAAUGAAGAAGAAUCAGCAAUACAGAAAACUUCGGAGAUGAGAAGCAGUCAAGAAUCCUUCGUAAGUUCUUCGGCCUUAGCAACGAACGAGUCAAAGUGCUUGAGCUCAUAUAGCGGGUCCAUUCAGGAAGCGAACACCACAGGCUUGGACAAAUCGCUUUCUCCUCGCAAACCAGAGCAACCGUCAUUCCAUUUCGUAGAUUCAGGUAGAAUGAAUACUUCGGAUGAUUUAUCAUGUAUUUUUGAAACAAAGGAUCCAUUUGAGUUUCAAUUUUCUCCAUUUGACGUACCAACUCAGGUUGAAUUUGGUUCAGAUGGAAACAGUCAACAAGUGGAACAGAACUUGUUGAAUUAUCCAAGUAGCUUUGAAUUUUCACAAAAAGAUACAGGUGUGUUAGAUUCAUUAGAGCAUAGUACUGAAGAACAGAAAUAUUUCGCAUUACCUGUAAAUAAUUGGAGAAAUGAUGAUGUUAUUAACUCAGGCAAUGAAAACCUACCGUUGGUAGCUUCGCCAUCAUCUAAUGUAGAAGAUCUUUCAUGUAUUUUUCAGAACGAGGGACAGAAUAACUUUUCAUCACUUUUAUCUAACGUACAAGAGCCUCUAGAUGAUACACCAAUUGCUCUUCAAAGUGAAGAUAGGAACAUUGGUUUGGAACCUACAUUUGAAGUAUCCAGAGGUGGUCAUUUUGCCUUUGACAAUUCUACUUUUGCUUCUGGGAAUAGUUCAGUUGGGACAUUGUCUUACAGAACUAAAAACGACCCAGUUUACAUGAAAGAGGAAAUGGAAGAGGUUCAUUUAGGAGACUCCGAACCUGGCGAAGAUGCAGUUGAGCAAAGUCGUUUUGGUGGAUCUUUAAACAGCCAAAAUGCUUUUCUUCCUUCGUUUUCGAUAGAUGCAAGGCAAACUCAAACCAGCUUUAAAUCCUUGGAGAGUAAUGCACAUUUCGAAAGCUCUCCAAUCUUUCCCGAAAAACACGCUAUUGUUUGCUUUGGUCCACAUGGAUACUUGUUAACGUCAUUUCCGCACAUGAUUCCUGGUUUUCGUGUUUGGAACGGUAGAGAAUAUGUAGAAGAUAGCUCGUCAGUAGUGGUGAAACCCGGCGCCAUAAAUAUCGUUCCCUUUAUUGAAAUAGUGGAAGAUACUGAGGAACGGUUCUUUGAAUGUAUUCGAAAUUUACAUGAGGAUUUGAUAUACAGUCUUGGAGUGGAGCCAAUGAAAACAUUUUGUGAAAAAAUUGCCUUAAGCUGCAAAAGGCGCUCAGAGAGCCUUCUCUGGAAUAUAUUGAAAGUUCUUUCAAGUCAUUCGAAGGAAACAGAGUGGCAUUCCUUAUGUAUUGAACUCAAAUCUAUUCUUAGUACAACACAGGAGGACGAGUUUGCAUCUUUAACUGCACAAUUGGGUAAAACCGGAAAUGUGAAUGACUUCAAUGUUCGUUCUCUCGAACAUUUGUCCUCAAAGUCAUCGAAAUUAGACCAUUUUCUGCAAACUGCAGUAGCAACAGAGAACUGGACUCUAGCACUAAUUCUAAGCAGACUAGUUGGUAGUUCACUUAGGGAACAUAUAACGAGACAGUUUUUGUACGGUCAACUACAAGAUUUACCUCUCAUUCGCUUUCUCAUACUACUAUCAAAUGAUGUUGUCCCAAAUCUUAGCGAAUUGGAGUCAGUCAAUUGGAUAACUGCGACGAGUAUACUUAUCGAUUGUGACACAGGUUAUAGGGAAAAGGGUCUUACAGCCUUGGGUGAUCAUUUGUUGAUGCAUCGGUCAGAUAUAUUUGCAUCCCACUGUUGUUAUAUUCUUGCUGGAAAUCCUUUAUGUUUUGAUAGUUUCUUUGCUUCCAGACUGUUGUGGGAAGAAAAGGGUCUACGCAUGAUAUUGGUUGGUGCAGAUCCGCAUUCUUCCGUUCGUGCGUCCUUGACAAGUAUUCCUUCAAUCAUGAGAACAAUUUUUUAUUUGUAUUUAAGAGAAAAUCGACUGCCGAAUCUGAUGAGUCCCUUUUUACUGCAUCUAGCUUACGUUUUAGUCGAAACUGGUCGCUUGGUGCUGGCAAAGCGCUUAUGUGGUUUCUUAGUUAACAAAGCACAUACUUUAUUAAAGUCGAACGAUCCUCAUUUUGUUUCGGAAGCGCAACGGUUAACGGCAGUGUAUUAUUCAUAUUUAGAGCGAUUGGAUGAAAGGCUACAGAAGAUGUUACUCGAUGAUAGUUACGAGCAAGGAGAACAUGGUGUGAGUUUGACAAGGUCACUUUCAAAAGUAUUUCGUAGCAUUGCCAAAACAGGCUCCAAAAAAAAUCUUCGUCCCCGUAGUAGUUCCAAUAGCAGUUGGGAGUCAUUUGCAGCAGCCGCUGUGAGUAUUAUUGCACCUGCAGAGGAAAACGAUACCACAUCUUCUUCCAAAUAUGUACGCAAUUCUAAUAUAAUUCCCUCAUCAGAAACUACAAAUACAGAGAAUAUCCCGAAUGUGGUGGCAUCACCAGUUCGUUCAAAUGAAUCAGCAGGACAAGGACAGUCGCCGUUUCAAAGUAAGAUUUCUUCUACCAAGCAAAAUUCAGAAGUUAUAAGUGAGAAAACCUCUCCUAAAGGAACCCCCAACAAGGAGACUGCACACGGAAAACUCGCAAGCAAUCAGCCAUUCAGUAAAGGUGACUUUCCAAACAGUGCACCAGGUACGAGAGUAGCAGCAGAAGACAAUAUACAACGUACUUCGAAUGGUAGUCAAAGUGGAGUUGAAAAUGGUUCACAUGAGAAAAAACAAUCCUCAAGACGUUCAUUGAGUUCUUUUCUAAUGGAGAAACUUACAAAAAUCGCGGGGCCGAAACAAGCCAACCUUGGUAAAGAGAACAAGUUUUACUAUGAUGAAAAGUUGGGUAGAUGGAUUUGUGAGGGUGGAGAGGAAAACAAUGAAGAAGUUCCACCACCACCACCCUCCAAGCCUUUGGACUCGUCCAACAUAUCGCAGAAUACUUAUAUGAAAGAACCUGAAGAGAUACAGGAUGAUAUGCAUCGUGCUAUGUCAAGGCGUCGUUGGAGUGCCCGAGCGAGAUAUGUUGAUACAUUUGGACAAGCCGAUCAAAUAAGUGGCACGAAACCGCCUCUUGUAGUUCCUCCUUCGGCAGCAACUCGACAGCUGUUUAAGCACUCAGAUCCAAGUGACAAUCCGCAAUUUGGUUUUAGUAUGUUUACUCCCGUUCCGACUCAGAGUAGCUUUUCGGAUAAAGACAAUACAGAUUGGAAUGCGUCGAGUUAUUCGGAGUCUCCUGUGAAUAAUGUUUAUGAUGCAACUGGUACAAAUAACUAAGAAAUUGGACAAUAAAGCACUUCUCAGUUCAUGACGCGCCAUAGCUGUUAUCAGUUUGUCGAACCAUUCUCUUUUGGUAUUGAAUAUGAAUAGACGUUUUCUUGGAUACUCAUACUUUGAGAAUUU